AUGAAGGCAUCAAUCAGGAGAGAAUUCCAGACCUCAAUGUGCGACGAUCUUAAAGCUCGAACAAAUGAGAAACGGUGUACAGUAGCACACUCCGAGAUAACCGAUGACAUAUCAAAGUACCUUCAUAGAUUAGGAGAAAGCACUCAAUCAACGUGCAUCCUACGUAUUCUACAAGAGAAAAUUGAGAUGAUCCACCUAAUUCGGUGUCCAGCUAAAAUGAUAAAGACGAAAACGGCGAGAUACUGGGAAGAAGCUGGACACCAAAUCCGAGAAUCAGAUGGGUCUUCUCCAUUUCCUCCUGUAGGUUUCACAUCAGGUGGGUCUUCUCCAUUUCCUCCUGUAGGUUACAGAUCAGAUGGGUCUUCUCCAUUUCCUCAUGUAGGUUACAUAUGGUGGGUCUUCUCCGUUUCCUCCUGUUUCACAUCAGGUGGGUCUUCUCCAUUUCCUCCUGUAGGUUACAGAUCAGAUGGGUCUUCUCCAUUUCCUCAUGUAGGUUACAUAUGGUGGGUCUUCUCCGUUUCCUCCUACACCGAAUCAGGUGGGUCUUCUCCAUUUCCUCCUUUGAACACCGAAUCAGGUGGGUCUUCUCCAUUUUCUCCUGUAGAGAAUCAGAUGGGUCUUCUCCAUUUCCUCCUGUUACAUAUGGUGGGUCUUCUCCGUUUCCUCCUGUAG